AUGGAAGAUCCGACUCCGAACAACGUUGGAGCGAUUCCGCCUGGUCACGUUGAAGUGCAACCGCCACCCAUCAUCACAAACACUGCUCCAUGGCGAGCCAUUUGGGGGUUUGGGAUUCUUGCCAUACUUGAUCUGGCCAUCAAUGCCGGUGCCGGUGCCGCCGCUGUGAGAGUCGGCGCUCAGCUGAACGGAGUAACACCGUCAACAUUGGCCAUACAGAUGGGCGCGCUGGCAGGACUGACGAAAGCUGCCACGCUGACCUUUCGAGAGAUCGUCCUCAUGAACCACGUCAACAUGGUGUUCGGCAUGUUGCUAUUCUUGAUCACAUCAUCGUUCGGCAUCUGCCCUCUUCUCGCAACAGAGGUAGGCAACAUCGUGCUUGGAGAGACCCCGAAAGAAUUCGUUGUUGCAGCUGUCGUUGCAGCCGUGCCGCUGUUUUUCGAGACGGUUCGUGACAUUAAGCCCAAGCCAGAUGCUGAUGGAGAAGUCGACUAUUUUCGCUGGCUCUGGGCGAUAUUUCUCAUUCCCUUCAACGCGCUUGGGGGAUACGUAUUUGCGCGCAUGGCUACGAACCAAGGUAUGCCUAUAAGCAACUACAGCGCAGCUUGCUCAGCCGGUGCUGUCUACGGAACUCUCACCUUCCUCGCGCGCGCCAUCACGGGUAUUGUGGCAGUGAUACGAAUCCCCGUCGACGACGGCGGUCACGGUGCUGUCGAGGACAUAUUCGGUCGCUGGGAAGUAAUGAUUCCGAACAGAAUCGUUGUGACCAACGAAGAGUAUGCCAGAAUGAGACGUGGUGUAGGAACACCAUUAGGCCAAAUGUUCAAAGGGCUAUCUCGUGUGACUGACUGGAUGAUGCGCGGCAUGGCUUGCUGUUGUGGUUGCUUUCUGGGUCGCGAAUUCUCUAAAGAACUGCGGCGUAACUCCUUCCCGAAUGAUAUGGAGAUGGGUGCUCCGAUGGGGUUUAUGAUGGCCGAGCAACUUCUGCCUGCGAUAGGUCACGGCAGAUGA